GCCUGUUGAUAGCCCUGCUUAGCAUUUUCCCCAGCCAGCCUCCCCACCUUUUCCCACCUAGCUCCUGCCUCGGGCGAGAAAGGGCGACGAGCGGACAGGCGGGCGGACGCCCUGACAUGCUGAGAGCCCGCUCCCAGAUGGAAGCACUGAUGGACUUUUGAAGAUCAGAAAGGUGGCCUAAGUGUCCAGACCCUGAAUAAGAAGCCAUGGCCCUGCCUUUCCAAAAAGAACUGGAAAAAUACAAGAACAUUGAUGAAGAUGAACUUCUUGGUAAACUCUCAGAAGAGGAACUAAAGCAGUUGGAAAAUGUUCUGGAUGACCUAGAUCCUGAGAGUGCACUCCUACCAGCAGGUUUCCGGCAGAAAGACCAGACCCAGAAAGCAGCCACAGGCCCCUUUGAUCGGGAGCACCUUCUUUCGUAUUUGGAAAAAGAAGCCCUGGAACAUAAAGACAGGGAAGACUUUGUACCCUUCACUGGAGAAAAGAAAGGAAGGAUCUUUAUCCCCAAGGAAAAGCUAACAGAAACUCAUAAAGAAGAAAAAGUGACUCUUGACCCAGAACUGGAAGAAGCUUUAGCUAGUGCCUCUGAUACUGAGCUCUAUGAUCUUGCAGCUGUUCUUGGAGUUCACAAUUUAGUCAAUAAUCCACGGUUUACUGAAGAAGUUGCCAGUAAUGAUAGUGGCAAAAGCCCUCCAAGAAAUGUGGUCAAAGGUGAAAAGGUCAAGCCAAUAUUUGAGGAACCACCCAAUCCCACAAAUGUGGAAGCAAGUUUGCAGCAGCUGAAAGCCAAUGAUCCCAGUCUUCAGGAAGUCAACCUCAACAACAUUAAGAAUAUUCCAAUUCCAACCCUGAGGGAGUUUGCAAAGGCUCUGGAGACCAACAUUCAUGUGAAAAAGUUCAGCCUGGCUGCCACCCGCAGCAAUGACCCUGUUGCAAUUGCUUUCGCAGACAUGUUAAAAGUAAACAAGACACUGAAAAGUCUAAAUAUUGAGUCCAACUUUAUCACUGGAACUGGGAUUCUGGCACUGGUGGACGCCCUGAAAGAAAAUGAAACCCUGACAGAGAUCAAGAUAGACAACCAGAGACAGCAGUUGGGAACAGCUGUAGAAAUGGAAAUUGCCCAGAUGCUUGAGGAGAACUCAAUGAUUCUCAAGUUUGGAUACCAGUUUACAAAGCAAGGGCCAAGAACCAGGGUAGCAGCUGCUAUCACAAAGAAUAAUGAUCUAGUUCGCAAGAAACGAGUAGAAGGUGACCGGCGAUAACCCAACCAUCGGAGAAGUGGAGCUCUGCCUAAGGCAGCUAGCUGUUAAGAUCGCAACCUUAAACUCUUGCCCCAGCGAGACCAUUUUUGCAAAGGUCAUUCAUUUCCGUUAAUUGCUUCCUCUUUAUUCACACCACUAAUGCGUUAACUUUAUUUGGUAUGUGUGUGUGUAACAUUAUUUCUCUCUGAUGAAUAAUGUGCACAUAUUUUUAUUUUCAUCAUGUGUGAUUCUGGCAUGCACAGUGAACAGUGGAUUGAUAUAGACUUUAGUUGAGUGGCAAUCACCAGGAAUGACAUUAACUGCCUUCGUAUAGGAAUUUCUUGCCCAAUUUAUUCAGUGUAACCAACUUGUCACUUCCCAUAGAAGUUCAUUUUUAACCACAAAGAGGAUUUUAGUAUAUAAGGUAUGUUUUUAGGUAUAGUUGUUUUUAUCAAGCCCUAGCUCUGUUUACAUACACUGCUUUGAGUUAGGCUAAUUGUUACAGAGACAUUCUGCUGAUAUAACAAAAGAAAUGUGCCAGUAUUGCCAACCCUAUAUUGGGUGAGAGUAUAGAAGGAUUCCAUGGGACUGGAAAAUUACUGAAAGAAAAUGUCCUACCUAUGGUGGGCCAGUAGUAUCAUCAUCACAUGUGGAGGAGCAUCACUUUACCUUUAACAGCCUUAGGAAAACAACUACAAAGUAUUUACCAGCCCACAAAUAUGUUAUUUACCAGCCAACAGAUCAACAGGUAGUGAAAUUAAUUCAAACUCCCAUCACUAUUUUGUCCAGCAUACAUUAUUUCUUACUGUCAACCAAUGGUAAUGAUUUGAAAGGCUGUUUUAACAUUUUUCAAAAUAGUUUUUAACAUUUUAACAAAAGGUAAAAGCUUGUUGGAGCUCUGCAUUCCUUUUAAAUUCACCAUACUACUGUUCAUUAAGAUUUUCUUUGAACUGCACUUUUGAGAUGCACUGUUUGGACUAAUUAUAAACCUCUGUGGCUUUGUCUACAUGGUGCCAAAACAACAGAAUGAAAAGUGAAAAAAUCAGAUCAGUUCUGUUUUGUCUUCCCAGUACCGAAGAUCCUGCUGUUUGGGAACACACCAGUAUAGACUGGAUUUUUCACUUGUCAUCUAGAUGUUUCCCAUAGUGCAGACAUAGCCUAUGAGAAUACAAGUGACUUAACUGGAUAUUUAAUCUGCAUAAUGUUUUUAACCUAAUCAUUCAGUACUAAAUGAAAGAAAAGCAUGCUACAAGAACAACGGUAGGCAGCCUUGACUAUUGGUGCUACCGAGUGGCAUCUGAGGCAUUCUACAACUCCUCUCCAUGCAUAUUUCUUUUUUUCCUCUUUUCUUUCCUUGUCUCGUAUUUCUUCUAUUUUCCCUCUAACUUUCUUUUUCCUCCUCUUUCCUUCCUUCUUUCCUGAUUUUUCCUUAUCCCCUAACUAAGCCUGGGCCUUGCUGGUAUUACCAGCUGACACACACACAGACCAAAUUCAGAAUUUAAGUUCUGUGGCCAAUUAUUUCUGCCGUGUGGACACAAUUUUUCUCAGUAGCAUUAAAAUAAGUUAAUGAGAAAGUAUAGAUAUGUUGUGUUACAGCUCUUAAUUUGUAGAAUACUGGAUCAACAUUUAGU